GGCUCGCGGAGGCGCAGCAUGCGAGCCGCGCUCGACUGCUGCUGCCCCGGCCGUUGCGCCUGGGUCCUGCGCGACCCUCGUCGCGGCCCCUGUGGUUUCGAGCACGUCAAGUACCAGCGCCUCGCGCAGCAGGUGGAAGCCGGCGACGUGAUCCUCAGGGUGAACGAGGUCGACGUCAAUCGGUUGAGCACUAAGGAAGUGCUGAAGUGCCUUCGGCUAUCCCCGGACCCGGUGACCUUGAAGCUGCGAAGGGAUCCGGACAUCAAGGCGCACGUGCUGCGGCUACUGUCACCGGCGGAGACGAUAGGCGCGCAGCCGGACAAGGGGCCCGCGGGCCCGCCGGCGGAGGCGGCGGGCGUGCAGCCGGCGGCCAUGGCGGCCUGCGCCCAGCCGCCCGCCCCGGACCGGGCGCCCAGCGGCUACGCCAGCUCACACUCCAGGAGCAAUGGCUCGUGCAGCGACGCCUCCGCCUCGUCCGACCUCGAGGCCUUGCUGCCCGCCGUCCGCGGCCAGCAGCACGACAGCUUCCUAGAGGAGGAGCGCUUGCAGUGGGAACCCCUCGGCACCGAUAAGUUCGCCAAGCACAAGAACCCCCCCAGAUUCGAGGCGUACAUGAUGACGGGGGAUCUGAUGCUGAACCUAUCGCGCACUCAGCAGAGCAGCGGCUUCCUGCCGAAGCACCAGAAAAAGGUGGACUCGCUGAGGUACAACAAUCACCACGCUCACCAUCACCACCACCAUAACCAUCACAAUAACUACCAUCGCCAUAACUCGGUACCGACAAGUCCUAAUGAGAAGCUAGGCCAACGGCGCGUGGCCGCCAAUAACCAUGGCCCCGAUACUAACUUCAACGCUAACUCUAACUCGGCAUGGGCUGCGCGGGCGAGCAGUCGCCGCAACCCCCGGCGGAGGAGCCGGCGGGGUUGCGCCGACAAGCCGGCCUCGAGCGCCGGCCAGGUCGGCCAGUACGCCUCGGGCUUUGUGCGCACCUCGCGCUCCGAGGACCACCUACAGCUGCAGAAGGACCCGUGCAUGUCGGGCGUCGAGGCGGACAUCGACGACGACGUGACCUCGUCGCUCAACACGCUGCUGGACACGCGCGCCGAGAGCUGCGGAGCCGGGCUCUCGAGCGAGCGCAUCGUGUGGACCUACAACGCACCGGUCGGCUCGGCGCCCUCCGCCGAGUCCUCGCUCGCCGGCUCCCGCUCCUCCUCCAACUGCAACACCUCGGCCUCCAAUUCGUCCUCCUCCUCCGAGUCGUCCAACGGCGACACCAGCCCGCAGCGUUCCCUCUCGCCUGCCUCCCCGACCUCGGUCUCGUCGUCCGUCAUGUCCUCCAACUCUGGCUCCCGUAGGUUCCCCCCGGCCCCAGCCGCCAACGCCCACCCCCUUGCUGCCUCCGCUCAGCAGCAGCAGCAUCACCACCAGCCGCACCAUCUGCUCACCCAGCAGCCACUCCAUAGCAAGCCGCACUCCACCGGGUUCCUGGCCACCAAUGGCGACCUCAGCCAGUCCGAGGCUAUCAGUAACUUGUCCAGCCCCGACUACAACGACGAAGAGACCAUGGACAUUCUCAGCGCCCGUGACCUCAUGAUGGUCAGCGACCCCAGCGAUAGCGACUCCACCAUUCUCGCCAGCGAGCCGCCCCAACGCCGCCUCAAGCAGAAGCAGCAGCAGGACGAGCAGCACAGGAUAGUGAUACAGGUCAAGGGCCCGGAAAAACAUGCCAGUCCACGUCAGUCGAGACGCGACUCCCUUCCCGGCGGCCAGCAAUCGCCCACCGCCCAGCCCCGGAACAACGGCCUCGCACACGAAUACGCCGGUUACCAAGAGUUGCGCGAAUUGGAGGACGACAAGGAACAGGUCGACGAACGACCGCCUUCGCCGCCUCACUCCGCGGACGAGGAAAGCGACAUCGAGAGCUUACAUAGCUUUCACUACAGUCCGAAGGCGGUCGACUUGCCCUCUGCUGUCAGAUUAGCUAAGCGACUGCAUUCGCUUGACGGCUUCAAGAAAUCCGAUGUCUCGAGACACCUUAGUAAAAACAACGAUUUUAGCAGAGCAGUGGCCGAAGAGUACUUGAAAUACUUCAACUUCGAACGGGACACGCUGGACGUGGCUCUCAGAAAGUUCCUCGCUCAAUUUUCACUGACCGGCGAGACCCAAGAACGAGAGCGUGUUCUCGUUCACUUUUCCAAAAGAUACCUCGACUGCAACCCCGGAUCUUUCAACUCGCAAGAUGCCGUUCACACUCUAACGUGUGCUAUAAUGUUGCUCAAUACGGAUCUCCACGGUCAGAACAUUGGUAGGAAAAUGUCAUGUUCGGAAUUCAUAGAGAAUCUCUCGGAGCUCAAUGACGGCGAAAAUUUCCCACGAGAAGUUUUAAAACAGCUAUACAACGCCAUCAAGUCCUUUCCACUGGAAUGGGCUCUCGACGAAGAAGGUGACGAAGUUGCGUCACAAGCAAUUCAACAAGGAGACAGUCCCGUUAUAUUGCCAGGAAAUCCAUUUCUCGAUGUGCCAAACGUUACAGGCGCAACUGAAUUUAAAAAGGGUUACGUUAUGCGGAAGUGCUGCUACGAUUCCAAUGGAAAGAAAACUCCAUUCGGCAAAAGGGGUUGGAAAAUGUAUUAUUGUACAUUACGAGAACUUGUAUUAUAUUUGCACAAAGAUGAACAUGGCUUUCGUAGUGAUAGCUUGCACAAUGCCAUACGUAUUCAUCAUGCCCUAGCAACGAAAGCGUCCGAUUACAUGAAAAAGCAGCACGUCUUUAGGUUACAGACUGCCGAUCAAGCCGAAUACCUCUUUCAAACUAGUGAUUCCAAAGAAUUGCAGUCGUGGAUUGAUACGAUCAAUUUCGUUUGCGCCAGUUUUUCUUCACAGCCACUUGCCGGCGCGGUAGGUUCUCAACGAAAGUUUCAACGGCCUUUGCUUCCAUGCACUCAUACAAAAUUAAGUCCAAGAGAGCAGCUGCGCGACCACGAAGAUAGAGUAAACAAACUAGAAGCCGAAUUGGAAGAGCACAGACGUCAUCCGCCAGAAAGAGGUGCCAAAGCUCUUACCGUUCAGAACUACAAAGAAAAGGAUGCUUAUUUGCAUUAUGAACUCAAGAGGUACAAAACGUAUGCAUAUUUGUUACGUUCACGAUUAGCAUACACGGAAAUUGAGCCGUCUUUAGUAGAAAGUAGUAUUGGCGAAGUGGACGAAGGCAGUGGUGCUUUCAUGAAUGUUGAUGUGGCGUUGGUACCACCUCCGGUUCCAGAUCGGCCGGCUACGAAUAGGUAUAGUUACAGGGCUGCCAUUUACAAUCGUAAUCUCUUAAAUGGUCAGGACUACAGUGGGGACAUUGGUUGACGUGUAAUGGGUGUCUUAUCAGCAUGCGUGGUCUAGCAUUUUCUAUCUACGCAGAAGAAAAAGAUAAAUAAAAAGCAAAAAGAAAAGAAAUAAAAAAAAAUAAGAUACUUUUUUUAGCAAGUUUUACUUUUCUAAGAUUUUCUAUUUAGUUGUACAAUUGACAAACGCGAGAGACUGCCAGUAAUGAAUGAUAAUGUGUGUUAAUUUCUACAAAUAAAGUUUUUACAUACUAUCGUGCAUAAAAUUGCGUUGCAUUAAAAAUGAAUAAUAAAAUGACAUUCAAACUCUGCGUACAUAGAUACAUCUAGCCUAACAUGCUAGUUAUUAAGAGGUGAAUGGAUCAGGGCUUUAUUAAACUAAUAUUUACACAGUAUUGUACAUUGAUUACUAAUGAUACUUAACAGAUUAAUACACCAUUAAUUCAUGUUUGGGCUGUAUGCCUCAAGCCUUUCUUGAUAUUGGUUCUACUGAGAUCUUUUAAAUCUGUCUCAAGUUUCAACAAUUAUACUGAAUUAUAUGUGACGCAAAUUGUUUCAGUUAAUCGUUGUUGGAGUUACAAAAUACUAAUAAUCGUCACCUUAAUAUAUAGAAUUAAACGUGACUUUCGAAUGAAACGACAAAGCAAUAUUUUAUUUGCUUACCAGUUAGUUUUGCCUUACUGAAUCGAAAUAAUUUAUAAGGUUCUGUGCCAUUGCGUUCAAAUAUUAAAAAAUGACAAAUAGUCUAAAUUAAUCUAACAUAAUUUUCUGUGAAAUUCAGAAUGUUUAAAAGUUUGGAAUUCUUCCAAUUUGCACGAAAAUGUUUAGUACUGAGAGUCACAUUUAAUUUUUGGUGGUUAUAAUUUUAUCAUUUUCGCAUUACACUACAAAAUAGCAAACAAUUUUGAUAAAUAUAAAAAUAAUCUGUAAUUUCUUUUCAAAGUACGCUUUAUAAAAUCAGUAUUAAACUUUUCUAAUGUUAAAGUAAAAAUCAAUGUAUAAUCAAAAAAUUAAUGAAUAAGCUACGAAUGUUGUAACAACAACAUUAUAAAUAUGAUGAGUUCAAUACGUACAGAGUUGGCGUUUCUAUACUAGCUUGCACAUUUUUUUAAACCUUUACAAAGAGUUGCAAUUGAUUUUUAAGUAAAAAAAUCAGAAAAUGUAGCAGCUAAUGUCCCCCGUGAUAUAUUGCAAAUGAAGUUAAAAAUUUACUUCAAUUUUUAAAGUUAGAAUUAAAAUUUUCACAUGAAAAAUUCUUAUUUUUCCAAUGCUGUUUAGAUAGCAGCUUUUGUUGUGGCUGAAAUUGUGAAAAUUUGCAUACUUAUUAUUAAAGUACUUUAAAACUUUAGAUGAGCAUUUAUGAUCUGGGAUUCAUUGGACCUAAAAAACUUCCGUGAAGGUGUGAUUAAAAUUAUUUAAGUUGGAAAGGCUGUGUAAAAAUUUGUUUUUGUCAAUAAAUAACUCAAUACUUGAGAAUUCAAUGAGCUUAGACCAAUAAAUGCUAAUGAAAUAUUUUUUAAAGUGUAGAUAAAUGCAAAAAAAUUGUAAAAAAGCUUACACUUUUAGUUAAGUUUGUAUGAUUACUAGUACGUUUGACGUGAAUUUUUCAUGAGCCAAAGUUCUUACCCAUAAGACUUCAGUUAGUUGUAACAAAAGUAAGACUGGAUUAGUACUUGGAAAAACUAUAGAAUCUACUAUAUAUUUUUGUUUAGAAAAUACGAAUUCUUCAAUCUUUUGUCACCUGAAGUAAAGUUAAUAUACUAUAAUAUUAAUUGUUGAGACAACCAAAGUAUACUUCGAAGAUUAUUAUUGCAGACAAAUUAGAAUUACCGUUUUUAAGAAAUUGAACAUGACGUUCAUAUAUUUUUAUUUUUUAAAUGAGAUAUCGAAGGCAUUUUGUUUCGUUGAAGCUUUAUUACCGUCGGAGUGUUAUUGCAUACAUUUUGCCAACAUAAGUCAAUGUGCUCAGAGUAUCUCUAGUAAAUGAAAUAAAGUUACACGUGUAUAAUUUAAAUUAUAGUUUACAAAAAAUAUAUUUGUAUGUUUUUAACAGUAAAUGGUUAAAAGGAAAUCGCGCAGUAAACUGUCAAUUAGAUCUGACAACUUUGUAAUUUUUAAAUUGUUAUGCUGCAGAACGAACUGAAACUGUUCGUUUAUCACUAAAAAUUCUUUUUGUAUGAAUUUUGAUUUUGUUACUAGUAUAUGCAGUUAUUGAUGGUAUUGAUUAAACUAUUUUAUAAUUUUUUAUAAAGAUUUUUGUCUAACUAUGCUUUUGUAAACUAUGAUCAAUGAGUUUUUUAAAAGGACGUAUCUUCAAGGCUCAUCAAUUAUAAAAGAAAGUUUUUUUGAUAUGGUAAUACUCUUUUACGAUUACAUGGGCCCACAGUGGUCGGUAAUAUAGAAUUUAUGAGGUUUAUAUUAAACGAAUCAGUCCAAAAUAUAAACGUACGAACUAUAUAAAGCCAGGACAUAGAUACAAAAAAGUCAAGAUAACUUAUGGCUGCCCUAUUCCGCAUUUGUGUGCUGUAUGAUUUUCAGAAUCAUAAAUUAUUAUCGUUUGGCUAAGCCUCCGAUAUAAUAUAUAUAUUGCUUGUUAUAAUUUACUUAAUAUUAUUUGGUAUGUACAAACUUGAAUAAUUUGAAAUUAUUGCGAUUCAAAUUCAUAGAUUUUAGCAAAAUCCUUGUAUAUAAAUUGUAAGAUAUGUGGAUAACAUGUUAUAAAAUAAAGAAAAAACGACAGAUUUCCGAAAAUACUUUCCGCCUUUAGACUUGACCUGAAUCUUUGUGCUUACUACUACUUUCAUUUGUUAUGCUCUUGCACGUAUUAUUAUGAAUUCCAUAUAUAAACAUAUGCACUGCAUGGCUAUUAAUGUAUUAAAUAAAGCAUGAUAUAUUUUUUUCCUAUCAGUGUUUUCGCAAUCUCAUCUUUUUUUGAACUACUUCACUUGCAUCUCUCAAACUUAUCAGUUUUUAAAUGAGAUGUUUGAAACGAAAAACAAGAUUUCAAUGUGAAUGUUUCUGUAACUCUGUUAACCAAAUUUAAGUUUAACUUUCGCUCGAAACAAUCGAAAUCGAUAGAUGUAGCAUACUAAAUAAAUGGUAGUAGCGCGAGCUUAAAAAUUUUGGAAAAUUGUGCAAAAAAUGAAAUUACAGAGAAAAUCCGAUUUACUAGUGCCCUCGAGCGAGCCGCUGCGAAUAAAUUGAUCAGUACGUUACAAUCGAUUGCGGGUUUGUCAAUAUUUUUUAGCAUGUGAAAAAGUGAAACGCAAGGACUCGGAUUUUCACUGUAUUCGAUGAUGAUUUCAAUAAUGAUCUUUAAUGCCUAUGGUACAUUUAUUUUUAC